CACAUAGGAUCAGGAGCUGACACUCACACACUUACACUGUCACAUAUCUGAUUAACUAUAGAUUCCUAAACACUUUUUGAUCUCGGUUGUACGCUGAUAACAAGCAAACAACAGUUAGAAUCAGUAGUCACUCCUGUACAGAUGGGAAAGUGAGAGUAAAAAGAAAGAAAGAAAAAAAAAUACUAUUUCCAAGACUUCCUGAGAGAACUUUCAGCAGUGGACUAUGACUACUGCAUCUCAAGAACUGGAUGAGCAGUGCUACCUCACAGCUCAGUCUAUGACAUCAUUGGUGACAUCAGAGCACUUCAAAGUCAUCAAGAAGCUGGGUGAGGGGUCAUAUGGCAAGGUGAUGCUGGCUGUGCAUAAAAUGAGAGGAACCCCAAUGGCUCUGAAGUUCUUCCCUCGUUGUUCCACCACUCUCCAUGCUUUCCUGCGUGAAUACAAUCUCUCCCUCUCUUUUUGCACACACCCCUCUCUGACGCGUGCUGUGGGUAUCUUCUUCUCCACGCCUGUUCACUAUGUCUUCGCCCAGGAGGCUGGUCUCUAUGGCGACCUGUAUGAUGUCAUUGUGUCAGAGGAGGGGGUGAGCGAAGAGUGUGCCCAGCGUGUGAUGUCCCAGUUGAGUGGCGCUGUGUCACACCUCCAUUCUCUGGGCUUUGUGCACCGUGAUAUCAAACCAGAAAACGUGUUCUUAUGUGACCGUGUUUGUCGCUGGGUCAAACUGGGUGACUUUGGUUUGGCAAGGGCGCAGGGGACUCAGGUCCGUGCUGUGUGGUACAACUCCCCUUUCUGUGUGCCCGAGGUGGAAGGUGCCAAGAGAGUGAAUGGGGAAGAGGAGGUAGAAGAUAUCUGGAUUUCUGUGGAGCCCAGUUUGGAUACUUGGGCCUUGGGGAUCCUUAUAUACUGCCUACUGACUACCUGCUUCCCCUGGGAAGAGAGCACUUCUGAUGACCCCUCUUACUGCAAGUACAGAGACUGGUUAAAUCAAACCAAAGAGACAGAGGAAAGGACCAGGAGACAGAAUGGGCUAAGGGAGGGAGAAAAUUUUAAGAAGCAAGCAGAGGACUUUAUAAGUCUGGGGGAGAGAGGUAACAGUGAGGAGGCUGACUUAGAGGUGCCCCCUAAUUUUGACUCUUUAAGCUCACUAGUCCUAACUCUGCUGAGGCAGCUGCUGCACCCGCUCCCCUGGCUCCGUCCUGGGCCUGAUGAGAUUUUGUCUUACCUUGGGGGACCUUGGUUACUUAAAACAGAGAAAGAGGAGAUGUGGAGAGAGCAGGAAGCACAAGAGGAGGCCAAGAAUUUGCGAGAGAGAGGAGCGGUGGAAGGAGAAAAAGAAAGAUUGGGAAGGAGGGAGAGAUAAAGUUCAAACAGUACCUUUUACACAGUAUAUAGAGUUUUUAUAUAUGUUUAUAUUUUGGAAUACUAUAGAGCACUUGUAUUAUGCAAUGAGAAAUAGAGAAAAUAAAUGGAUGUGUAAACUAUGUACAGUACAGUGUAAAAAGAGAAACCAUGUUAUUGUUACCUUAAGAAGCUCUUUCUAACUGAUUUAACCCUUAAAAUUAGCUUUGUUGGUGUAACCUAAUGUAUUCAGGUUAAUUCAGUAAUGUUAAUAUUUUUUACUUGAAUAAAACCAGUUAAUUUAGUUAUUACCUCACGGAUGGUCUGCUGUGGCAUACCCUAAUGGGAGCAGCCGAAAGAACAGUUAACAGUUAUUUUUUUAUGUACAAUCAGAUCUAGACUACUUACAGUAGCCCCAAAAAGUAUUUAGAGACUUAAGCCACACUUAAGAGUGAAAAAAGUAAGAAUGUCAUUGCAUUAGAUAGAUAAAAUAGAAAGAAAAAAAUGGACUGAUAUUUGUGAUCUAAUACAAUGAAAUUCAUACAUUUGUCAUACAAGUGUUUUGUAAAAGUGUGUCCAAAUACCUUUUGGGACUACUGUAAUUUAAUGUUUCUCAUAUUCUGCUGGUAAUACUGAAGCUAUCAAUACUGUAAUGCACAAUAGAUUUUUUUCUCAGGUGCAAUGCCAUUUUCUCUCAAAACAUGCAGAGAGUCAGAUAGGAGGAUGAGGUGUAGAAAUGUACGCUCAUCAGAUGUAGUAUAUGGAAUACACAAAUACUGUGCCUCUACCUCAAACAAACUGUUAUUAUGUACAUAGAAAUGCACUUGUUUUUAAAAGGUGUAAUAAAAUUCUUUUUGUUUUGGUGACGCA